AUGCCGCGUUCGGCGAAGCGCUUUGCGGCGGUGCGGGAACGGCUGGAGGAACAACUGAAACACGUGGAGAGCAGUGCCAAGGCCUUGGAAGAGAGGCAACGCGAGUAUGAGGAGCUUCGUGGUUUACUGGUGGAGUUGCCGCGGAAGGUGCAGCAUCCCAUCAUGGUGCCCUUCGGACCUUUAGCGUCCUUCCCCGGACACUUGGUGCAGACCAAUGAGGUUUUGACCCAGCUCUCCUCGGAGUACUUUGCCUUGCGCACCGCCCCAAACGCCGUGGGCCUGGUCGAUCGGCGGCUGCGGCGGCUGCAGAAGGACAAGCAGGACGUCGACCGGGAGUUCCGGGAGUUGACGCUUCAGCGGCAGCUGGCCGCCGGCGAGGCCGUUCGCUCCACCUCGCGCCGGGAGGAGCCGCGAGCGGUGCCGGGCGUGCCGGGCGCCACAGUGCAGACGGACGAGGACGGCUUCUUCGACAUCCGAGAGCCGGACCCGGAGGCGUCGGAGGCGAUCAGGGCGCCUUUGGUGGGAAUGGAAGAGGAGGACUAUGCCUACUUGAGGCCUGAAGACUUCUACCAAGCGCAGAAAGCUGCGCGUCACGCCGGUGGGAGCGGCUCUUUCGUGCAACGUUUGCGGGAGCUGGAACGAGAAGAGAGGGAGGAGGGUGAGGAUGAGAUGGAUGAGAGGGAGGUGCGGGAUGAGAUGAAGGAGUUGGAUGAGAUCAUGAACCACUACAACCCUCGUGGCGAGCUCUCAGAGCCAAACCUUCCGUCCCCUGCGGCGGCGGAGCUCUCUCCUUCGGAGCACCCCGUGGCGAGCUCUCCGGCGGACCUCUAUCGCCUCAUGGGCGACACCGGCAGCUCCACCGGCAGCUCCACCGGCUCCGGCUCCGCCUUCGCGCCGGAGAUCCGCGAGCGGAGCGCGGCGGAGCUGGAGGGCUUCCGUGCGGCGCCGCGGGGGGACACCGCGCCGGCGCCCGCACGGGUGUCGAAGUUCAAGGCACACAGCCGCUCCUUGACCUUGCCAGGCUGUCGACGCUGGGUGCUGCUGGCGCCCCUCCUCCUGCUGGCUCUCAGGCCUGACUCCCUCUUCGUUGGCUUCGGCAGACAGGCCUCAGUGCGAGACCCGUCCAGCAGGCUUUCGCUGACCGUGUGCCGUGCGGCGGCCGGCUCCAUCGUGGUCAUCGCCGGGCCACCAGCCGCAGGCAAGGGGACGCAGUGCGAGAAGAUCAAGGAGAAGUACGGCUUCGUGCACAUCUCCACAGGCGACAUCUUGCGCGAGAACGUGAAGCAGGGCACCGAGCUGGGCCUCAAGGCCAAAGGCUUCAUGGACUCUGGGGCGUUGGUGCCCAGUGAACUCAUCGUGGAUUUGGUGAAGGACCGUUUGACGAAGGAUGAUAUCAAAGAGAAGGGCUGCCUCUUGGACGGCUUCCCACGUGCCCCGGAUCAGGCACAAGCCAUGGUGGAUGCCAAUCUGGAGGUUCAGAAGUUCUUGGUGAUCAAGGUCCCGGCCGGUGUCGUUUUGGACGGCAGUUGGUGGGAGCAGAGCAGCCGAUGA